AUGAGAAAAUCAACGAAGCAGGAUCGGAUAUUAAGAUCGCGGAAUAAACUUCCAACAAAUGUAACUAUAAUAAGUCGGUCAUGGAUAUUGCUGGGUGGCUUCAAUGCCCAUGCCAGCAAUAUUGUCUCUCUUAUAUGUAUUGCCACUGGCCAAGAUCCUGCACAAAAUGUGGAGAGUUCUCACUGCAUCACCCUGAUGGAAGCUGUCAACGAUGGAAAGGACCUUCAUGUAUCUGUAACAAUGCCUUCUAUUGAGGUCGGUACAGUUGGAGGUGGGACACAACUGGCCUCUCAGUCAGCUUGCCUGAAUCUGCUUGGAGUGAAGAGAGCCAGUAAGGAGGCUCCAGGAUCAAACUCAAGGCAGUUAGCUACCAUUGUAGCUGGGGUCGUUCUUGCUGCUGAGCUCUCUCUCAUGUCAGCACUUGCUGCUGGCCAACUCGUCAAGAGCGAUAUGAAGUACAACAGGUCCAGUAAUGAUGUGUCUAAGGCUUCAUCUUGA